UCUGAUGGGACAAGUCGUUGUUUUUGUCUUACGUUCUGUAAUGCCUUCUGAAGGUGGUAGUGGCCACGCAGCAGGUUACCCACGUUUAGUGUGCCACCAGAUCACGUUAUCCCCCAUUCUCUGCAGCAGCACUUACAGCGCGCGAAGCUCUGCCGGUAGGACCUUGAGUCAUAUCUCCACAAUAGCUUUUCAACAUUGCCUACCCACGGAUUUCCAGUCCUUUGGUUGUUGAAAAUAGCUUGGCUGCUCCCUGCCGCUAUGGCUAAUUCCUUUGGAACCGGUGGAUCCAGUUUGAUCCAUCCCUCUCUUUCUUUCCCUUACCAACUUGUUGAGUCUUCCCCCUCCUCGGUGUUCCUACUGUAAAAGUUCACUGUGAAAGGCUCAGCUAAUCGGUGUGUGACUUCUGCUGAAAUGUCGCAAGUUUGAAUCAAGUGAGUGGCGAGCUCGAUGGGUCGAUUUUAAAGUGGAAAACUCGACGGGAAGCGCGCAGACGAGGCUUUGACGCAGCAGCAGUCACCUGUAGGAUACUCAGAUGCGCUCCUCUUAAACUUUUCUCUGCUUUUCUGAACUUGCUCAGGCGAAUUUUCACAUGGUUUACAUGUUCUUGUCAUCGGACUGUUGUUGAAACUUGCUGACCUUAAAAAAAAAAAGUUGUUUUUUAUUCUUUCAUAGUGCGAAAUCGCUGGAUGAAAUAAGUCAUUUUGACUUUUUUGUUUCUUUAAAGGGAGGUGGAGACAUCUUACCACCCCCCUCCCCCCGUCCUUGACUGAAAUUACCAACUAAUUUUGCACAGGGGAGACACUUCAAGCACUCCCUGCAGCACUUGAAAUGGAGGCUCCCGAUGACUAUUGUGCUAGUAACGGCAAAUUCUCUCCUGGUAAGGAGAACUCGAGAAUGUUGGCAGAUAUGUCAACACCUAAUGGACAGACAGUUCCUCAGGGUCCUAAUUCCCCCAGUGAACUGACAAUUAAGCAAGAGGAAGAAACAGUGGAGGAAGCUGACAACAGAAGCCCAGCACUUGAAGAAAUAGGCCACACAGGGGAGGAAGGAGUAGCAUUGGAGGAAUCCAUGACUGGCAGCCCAAGCAACGUACAGGAUGGAUUAUCUGGGCCAAAUGCGACUGCUGAUGCAGGAAGUCGACAACCAAAUGGUGACAGGCCGUUCCAGUGCAACCAGUGUGGCGUCUCGUUCACCCAGAAGGGAAACCUGCUGCGACACAUCAAGCUGCACACAGGCGAAAAACCCUUCAAAUGCCCCUUCUGUAGCUAUGCCUGUCGGCGGCGCGAUGCUCUCACUGGUCAUUUGCGCACUCAUGCUGUGGGAAAACCACACAAAUGUAACUACUGUGGGCGGAGUUAUAAACAGCGAACAUCUCUGGAGGAACAUAAAGAGCGCUGCCAUAGCUACCUGCAAGGUAUCGGCUUGGAUCCAACUGCCAACACUGGCCCUUACACAGGUGAGGUUCCUAAAGAGCCAAGGCCCAUGGCAGAAGCCAACGCCAUGGCAACCUUUGAUCGGCCACCUGUUAUUGAAAGGCUACACAGCAAUGUGGGCAAGAGGAAGAGCACCACCCCUCAGAAAUUUGUGGGUGAAAAGAUGGCUCGCUACAGCUAUCCGGAUGUAAGCUAUGAAAUGGGUCUUAAGUAUGAAAAGCAGGCUGAAAUGAUGCCAGCCCACAUGAUGGACCAGGCCAUCAGCAAUGCCAUCACAUACUUGGGAUCGGACACCCUUCGGCCCAUGCUCCACCAUCCAGGUCCACCUCUCUCUAUGGCCGACGUGGUACCCAUGGUCAACCCCCUUUUUCACCAUGUCUUGCAACUGGGCCAACGAACAGAGCGUCAAGGAAACUGUGACACGCUGCCACCACAUCCACCUCAGCCUCAUGACUUCCCCAGCCAUCCCACCUCAAACGGCCCCACUGCUGUAACCAGGCAGGGCAAGCCUCCCCAGUCAGGGCACGAGGAAUCUCCCAACAACAGUGGAGUUGACUCUGCCGACUCAGCUCGCAGCAGCCCUCAGGAGAGGCCGGGCUAUCAUGGGAGCAACCGCACUCCUGGCCUCAGGUCUCAAGCAAGUCCAGCAGUGGUCUAUACAGGUGAGCGGGUGACAACAGCAUCACCGAGGAGCGGGGCAGGAAUCGGAGCUGGGCUGAUACGAAUGGCCGCAGAGAGGCCUGUGAGCCAGGAAGGAGUGCGGGUGUUUGGGCGAGAGGGCCAGGAGUUGCGGGCCUUCCAGUGCGAGCACUGUCGGGUGCUCUUCCUGGACCAUGUCAUGUAUACCAUCCACAUGGGUUGCCACGGAUACAGAGAUCCACUGGAGUGCAACAUCUGUGGUCACCGCAGCAAAGAUCGCUAUGAGUUCUCCUCUCAUAUAGUCCGUGGUGAACACACCUUCCAGUAAGAGGAUGGGUAGGAAUUAAGAGGAAGAAAAAGAAGGGAAAGGAGCAAUAGCCUGAUAUCCAUCCUUAUCCCCAGACCUCUGAGACUGCACAGUUGAAUGGCACUGUAGACAAGUGUAGCACAAUCAAAGACUUCUUUUUAAGCUACUUAUUGUGAAUCAGAACAGUUUAACAAUCAUAUGAAGGUAUGGGCCAAAGACACAUUUUCUACAUAUUUAAUUAAUAAUUAAAUGUAGAGGAAGGAAGGUAAGAUUUUUCUCCUAAAAUGUUCACAAAUUAUUUAACAGAGCAGCUGUCAGACAACUUUGACUAGUUUUUCCUUUUAGUCUUACUUGUAAAUGUCUCCUUUUGUCCUUGUCCCUUCGCUACCUUGUGGGCUCAAUGUGGUGGAUAAAAUUAUAGUUUCAGUUUAACCAGAUAAAAUAUCAUGGCUAACACAGAGGUAAAAUAAAAUAAGACUUCAGAUAGUCUCUAAUUAAAAAAAUGAUCAUUCAUGGAUUCUUUCAUGAUAAUAGCAUUAUGUGGUGUGAUGGAAUUUAUGUGUUCAAAAAAGUUAAGAUCGUCUACAGUAUGUUUAAAAUAUUAAAUGUAUUGAAACCAUUUAAAUUGCUUGCUAAAAACAGA